UCACUCUGGGCAACCGCGAUAUCUGUUUAUCACUGACGCCAGUUUCACGGUAUUGUUACUAAAGUGGACAAGUUUUGCUCUGUAGCUUAAUCAUGAAUCCCGAAGAACAACCAACUUCGAUCAGCGUUCAGGCUGAUGAAUUCAAUGCUUCGGUUGUGGAACAAUCGGGGGUAUUGGAGAAAGAUCAUCCGUUGUUGGAGAGAUUUCAAGCGGCCUUGAAGGCACACUUGCUUCGGGUGAAGGACCAACUAGAGGAGGAGAUUGCUGAAUUGGAUCAUCGUCUAGAGCAAAAUGAGAAGGAAUCCGAGGAAGUCGGGGCUCGGUUGUACGAUCUGCAGGAAGAGAUCGACAGUCAAAAGGAGUUAUUGGAUAUCUAUAACAAGGAAAUCAUGGAGGUAUCUGCUAGAAGGCAGACGGCCGAACAAGCAGCAUCGGAGUAUAGGAAAGAAUAUGACGACCAAAAUCGGAAGUAUAAGGAGUUUAAGAAAGUCUACAAUGAACAUCUGCAAGAGUUGGAUAACCUAACUGUAUUGGAAGCGGAGUUCUCCAAAUGGGAUAAAGAAAUCAAGGACGAAAUAUCGGUGGCUAAGAGGGUUGCCAGUAAGGAUGCAAAAGACCAAAUCGCGGCUGCUGAAGAGAAGCGCAAGAAGGACUUGUUGGUGUUCAAUUUGGAUGCCGAAGUGCGCAGGAAGGAGCGUGAGUUGGAAGGUAUCGAAGAUCAGCUCAAGGAGCAGGAAGGUGCGACCGAGCAAAUCAAUCGGAGUUUGGCGGAUGCCAAUUCUGAUCUGGAGGCAUUGCAGCACGAGCAUAAGCGAUUGUUCCAGUCCUGGGGAGAGGUCAUUGUGGCAAUCCAGCAAAGGGAUAGGGUGCUUUCGAAGACCAAAGAUGAUUUGGAAGGCGUUUACGAAGAACAUAAGGUCAUUAAGAGCAAGACGGAUAUUACUAAGAAGACAGUAGCAAAGGAAAUGGAGCAAAACGAAAAGUUGUCGGGGUUCAAGGCCAGGAUCCAAGGGGAUAUUCAUGUACUCGAAAAGCAAGUCAACAAGGAACAAGAAGAAGAGGACAAACUUUCACGUGAAUUGGACCAUUACGCUUUAAUUCUCGAGCAAACGGAAGCUGAUAUGCUUAAAGCUCAACAGGAGGGUUUGCUGAUUGAGAAUCAUCUAAAAUCGUUGCGGCAAACUUUAAACAAGCAAAAUCACAAAAAAUUUGAACUUGAAGAGCAGAUUUUGGAGCUUCUGCAAGAUCAGAUCACGACCGAUAAAGCUGGUGAAGCACAAGGAAAAACAUUGAGAGAAACACAGGAAAAACGUCGUGAGCUGGAAAUCUCGAUGUCGGAUACGGAGAAUCAACUAUCGAUUGUACUGCUGGAUCUUGAAAAGUGGCGUGGAGUUGUUGAGCGUUCCAAAGUGGAGGUGCAAAAGAUGAAGACAGAGCACGAUUCAAUGGAUGCUGAGGCACGGAAAUACGACGAAGAAAUUAAAGUGAUCAAGGAAAUAAUUUCGGCAAAGCUUCGUAAGUUGGAUGGGCUGAAUCGACAGUUGGAGCAACUGAUCACCCAAGCCGGUGGACAAGAGCUCAACCCGGAUGAGCUGAAGUUACUCGAUGUACAACAAGACAUAUUGGAGUUGGAUACGAAGAUUAGGGAGGCACAGGAAACGUGGUUGAAGCUGCAAAAUAGUGUUGUGAACCUUUCGGAAAAGCGUGUCCAACAGUUGAACGAAAUUAACUAUUCUAGAAAAAAACUCCUGUUGGUCGAGCAGAAGGCUAUCAAGAUCGAAACUCGACUGGAGGAAGUGGUCAAUGAAAAUCGUGAAAUAGUUCGCUCGUUAUCUGCGCUCAACUCUCGCUUAGAUGCUGUCAGUUUGGAGUUAUUCAAAACUAAGAAAGUUCAUGAGAAAGAAGAGAUGGAAUGUGAAAUAUCUCAUCAGCAAACUACAGAACGCUUGAAGGAAGCUGAAAUGUCUGUUCUUAACCUUGAGCAAGAUCUCAAGGAUUUGGGCAAGGAGAUUGAAGAUUGCAAGCAGGAGGUAUUGGAGAAGCAUCGUGAAGCGUUAUCUUGGGAGACAAAGUACAAAAUGUCUUCCGAAGCGAAGAAGUUCAAGGAAGAAGAGGCUGCUCAGAACAGUGAGAUUGGCAUCAUGAAAGCUGAAAUCCAUCGGAUGCAAGUACGUUAUGCUCAACUCAAGCGAAUGCAGGAAAAACUGGUUACAGAUUUAGAGAACACUGUUCACCACAGAGAGCACAUCUACGACACGGUUAACGCAAGGGAGAAGGUCUAUGGAAGCAAGUUUAAAUCUCGUUCUACCAUGCAACAUAAAAUCAAUGAGUUGAAGAACAAGCUGAAGGUUGUUUUUGGUGAAAUAUCUGACGCCGAGAAAAAUUUGAUUGAAAUUGAUACUGCUCAAAAACUUCUGCAAGCGGAAAUCGAAAACAAAAAGCACCAAAUCGAAGAGGAGAGAAUUCAAACCAGCUUGAUAAGAGCAGAAGUAGAACAGGCCACGCUGUUGAAGCAAGAGAACUUGGACUACAUCGUCCGCCAUCAAUAUCGUGCCCGACGUUACAGAAACUUUGCAAACGCUACUCAUCUGCCCAAGUUCCGUAACGAAAUAUUGAUUCAAGCCGAUUUGCAACGCCAACGAGAGAUCAACGAAACUAUCGUUGGAAUAGUUGAAAAUCUUAUUCUGGACUUUCCGAAUCAAAAAUUUAAUCUAUCUAAAAUAUUGCAGACCUUGAAGUAAUUAGUGUUUUUACAGUUUGUGAGUGGAUUUCGGAUUUCAAAAUGUUUGGUGUGAGUCUUUUAAAAAUAAUUUAUUAAAACUUUAUUUUCGAUCAACAAUA